AGAGGUGGCAGUCCUGUCUGCAUCCUGCAGGCUGAAACAGAGGAAACUUUGUGUCAACUUACACGGUAACAGCAGGGAAUGCGCUCAGAGAAGGAAAUGCAUCCACCGAGCUGUGACUGGGAGAAUCUGCGGAGUACACAGGCUGCUUUUUGAAGCCACUUUCUCAUGCGUAAAAGCUUCUGAUCAUAACUGGACUGUACUAAACUUACGCAUUUGCAGGACUAGCAAGUAUCACGACAGACCUCUCCUUUGACGUUGUAUCUAGACACAGAGAAGAGGAAGUUUUACGAACGUUUGAAAGAGAUUUGAAGACGAACCAAACUGCAGGCUGAAGAGGAGGAUUUUGGAGACUGAAGACAUGAAGCUUCUUUGCAUCUGCGCGCUUUUACUUUUAAAAGUUGUCUUUGGAGAUUCCUGUACCAGUGGUAAAUUCACUGAGUCAGGGCAGUGUUGCAGUCUGUGUCCUGCAGGCUUCGGAGUGGAGGUACAGUGUGGGAAAGAAGAUACCAAGUGCACACCAUGCCCACAGGGAACAUUUUCCUCAUCUGAAGGCCUCAGUGCUUGCCUUCCCUGUUCAAAGUGUCCCCGCAGCAUCCCCACGUUGGCCUCUUGUUCUGCCACUGAAGACACGCAAUGCGAGUGUGGAAGCGGCUACUUUUUUCUGAGCAACUAUGGCCUAUGUGCGCCCUGCUCCAAGUGCAGCCGUGGUCAGGGUGUUGUCCAGGAGUGUGGCCCUAAAGGAGACAGGCAGUGUCAGGUCUGUGGGCCAGGAACGUUUUCUGAGGAGCACAGCAGCACCAAACCCUGCCAGACCUGCACCCAGUGCUCAGAUAGUGAAGUGGAGAUUCGAGCCUGCAUGCCCAACUCUGACACUCUCUGCAUGGAUAAGAAACUCCACAUUCUGUCUCGUCCGUCUCUGGAUGGGACUGAUGGGACUCGGGAUACACCCAGCCUGCCUGGUGGAGAAGAAGUGAUAGCUGGGGGGGAGGCCAGCCCUGCGCCUGGAACACCCAAGUUUACGCCGCAGGACGAGGGCGGCAGCAACAACAUCCUGGCCUAUGUGUCUGUUCUGGCUGCUGUGGUGCUCGGCCUGCUCCUUUAUGUGGCGUAUAAAUGCUGGAGGUCAUGUAAACAGAAGAAGGCUCUCUCUAAGGCCCGAGCGGCUGAGUUGGGAACAUCUCCAGAGGGAGAAAAGCUCCAAAGUGACAGUGGUGUUUUUCUGGACUCACACAGCCUGCAGGACAACCAGCCCAGCAAAGGCACAAAGACGGACAGCAAGCAGGACACCCGUCUGUACAUCAACCUCCCCCCUCACAGACAGGAAGAGGUGGAGCGCCUCCUGCAGGAGGGAGGGGGCCGGGGGUGGAGGCAGCUGGGCGCAGCGCUGGGUUACGAGCCUGAACAGCUGGACCUGUUUGGGCGGGGAGAGGCCCCGGCUCACACGCUCCUCUCUAACUGGGCCCAGAAAGAAAGCUCCACUCUGGGACUUCUUUGUUCUGCGCUGGCCCACAUUGAAAGGCCUGAUGUGAUCACAGGUCUUAACUCUCCGACGCAGGGUGUUUCUGUGGUCUGACUGGUGCUCAAAAACAAUAUGAAACUUAAAGACUCAAGGGACGAACUUUCAUUAAGAUGACAAGGGAAGCACUCUGAUAUCAUCCCCUGUCACUGUUGGAGGCUGCCUUUGAUGGUUGUGAAGGUUUUGUUGGACACUCAUGGUUCAGUGUUAACCAAAUGAAUGAAAUAUCCCUGUAAAAUUUUCCUCUUCCACUGUUAUAGGUCAACAUUUCUUUUUUUUUCUUUUUUUCCCAAAUGGAUUUAACUCCAUAAAAUGGGUAUCUAUGGAUGUCAAGCCUCAGUGCCUUCUGCAGAAAUCUAGCCAGAUUGGAUUUGACUCACGUUGACCUCCACGUACACUACAAAACUGUUUACAUGCACACAAAUCCUGGUUAUUACUGAGUAUUUGCUCAUUGCAAGAACAGAAAAAUGAUGUAUUUACAUAUGUUGGUCAAAUGUUAUUAUCUGGUGACCACUGUUUACAUUGUUAGGCAGUAAUCAGAUGCUCUCUCUGUCUCAUAAAAAAGUCGUACACAUGUUUUUGUAAACAUAAAUGGUUGACUUAGAUCAUCAAGUUUUUGCCCAUCUAGGCUUGUUUCCUGAAUCAUGGCUUUAGUAGCCACUUACAGUUGUGGUAUUGCAGUUGAUUUUUGCCAAGCGGGAAUGGUUUCUUCCAAUAGCUCUGCUUUCCAGCAUAAUGUGACGUUCCCUGUAACGGAUCAUUUCUGUGCACAUGUGCAUGUCUUAAAGAGAGGAGAAGUCCAAGAAACCAAAUUUAGGGUUAGCAUGGCAAUUGAUCAGAUUUCUCUCGAUGAUGUGGAAUAUUAGUAACAAUCUCAGUGAUGCCUCUAGUUGCUGUUUUCUUUAUAAGAACACUUAAUCAUUUUAGAUUAACUCCUUUCUGUAUUGUUUACUUUUUUCUGCCACAGUUGCUAAGAAGCCUUGGUAUUUAUUUUCACCGACAAUAUCUAAGCACCAGUUUUAAAUCUCAUUAGACGACACAAAAAUGAAGCAUUUUGUAAAAUAUUAAUAACCUUUUUAGCUCUUUCCAAUAAUCAUCUAUGAUUGUAAAUAUCUUAGCCUAUAAUGAAACUGUUUUAUGAAUGAACUGUGAAGUCUGAAAAGUGGGAACUGUUCUUUCUCUUCUAUUUUCUGAAUACAUGACUUAAUAUCAGUCACCUUGAUUUUUCAUUCAAGAGAUAAAGUAAAAAAAAAAAAAUACACAGACACUGUUACAUAACUGAUUGAGUCAACUGUACCGAUUCAUUUUUUUUCUCUCACCAUUUCGAGUCUAAAAUUUGAUACAGUCCAGCAAAAAUAUUUACAACUGUGGUUUACAACUGUUUGAUGCUUACUUGGCAGUAAUAUUUGGCUUUGUGUAUAUAUAUUUCCUAAUGGUCCUCCUUUAUGUGUUUCUAAGAGUUUACUCACUGAAUAAAUAACUUUGAUAAAUAAUUGCUUCUUUGUUAAGGCUGCUGAAUCAGCAGAGUGAGCAUAUCAGCAUACAUCUGCAGAUGAAUUUUUAUGUUAAUAAUUACAUACUCAAGUCAUUUUAAUGAAAAAAAAAAAAAAUAAGAAUUACAAUUCCCAACCACAGAAAGAAAAUUUAUCAGCUAAUGUUAUGUGUAACAGGAGGACCAAUUUACAUUGAUAAAAAUCACAGCAAGCUUGCAAAAAUGUUGCCUACAAUGUUUCAAAUGAAAAACUUUGAGCUGUAAGUUUUAGCAAGGAACUGUCACAAAUGAUGAAAUGAUCAAACUAAAGAACAAACUGCUUUCAUUAGUUAUGUACAAAGAUAUGUUAGCUGAAAGUUAUUUAACCUCCUCAGCCGUGGCAGAUUUUGCAAUUUUGGGGACCUGGGUGAACUCAGACAUGGUUCCACAUCCAUUGUUUCCCCCCUUUUAAACUCUUAUUCAUCAAAUAAUGCCCCACUUGUUACUUGAUGUAAAAAAUAAAAAUAAAA